AUGGAUAAAGAGCAAAAAAUGAACUGGAAAAUAUUGGAGAUUGGGAUUGGAUUGGAAAUUGACGAUGAGUAUGACGAUGAGGAUGACGACGAGGAUGACGACGAGGAUGACGAUGAUGACGAAGAUGACGACGAUGACGAAGAUGACGACGAUGACGACGAUGAUGACGAUGAUGAAGAUGAUGACGUUGUUGUCGAUGAUGAAGAUGAUGACGAUGAAGAUGAUGACGAUGAAGAUGGCGAUGGCGAUGACGAUGACGAUGGCGAUGAAGAAGGCGAUGACGAUGACGAAGACGAUGACCACGGUGAGGAGGUCGUCAUCGUACCAAAAUUGGAAAUCGACGCACAAUUCUAA